UUCAUCACCUCCCCCGAAAUCAGCCAGGUGUUCGGAGAGUUAAUAGGAAUAUGGUACAUUAGCGAGUGGAUAGCCGCAGGCAAGCCUAAAGCCUUCCAGCUGGUGGAACUGGGCCCAGGGAGGGGCACUCUUGCUGAUGAUAUAUUACGGGUCUUCAAGCAGCUUGCCUCUUUACUUAGUAAAUGUGAUGUCUCUAUUCAUCUGGUAGAAGUGAGUCCCAAACUCAGCGAGAUCCAAGCGCUGGUGCUGACAGGAGGGAAGGUGCAGUUGAACCCUGAGGACGAGCCUGCUUACAUGAAAGGUGUUAGCAAGACUGGAAAUCCCAUUUUCUGGUACAGAGACAUCCAAGAUGUGCCGCCAGGUUACAGCUUUUACUUAGCACAUGAGUUUUUUGAUGCCCUGCCAAUACAUAAGUUCCAGAGAACGGAGAGAGGCUGGCGUGAAGUGUUGGUUGAUAUAGAUCCAGAAGUUCCUGACCAGCUGCGGUUUGUCCUGUCACCAUCCAGUACCCCUGCGACAGUAAACUUUAUUCAGCCUGAGGAAACGAGAGAUCAUGUGGAAGUGUGUCCUGAGGCUGGUGUUGUCAUUCAGAGGCUUGCCUGUCGUAUAGAAAAGGAUGGUGGGGCUGCGCUGGUUGCGGAUUAUGGUCACGAUGGAACCAAAACUGACACUUUCCGGGGUUUCCGGAAUCACAAACUUCACGAUGUGCUGAUUGCUCCAGGUACAGCAGACCUGACAGCAGAUGUUGAUUUCAGCUAUCUUCGAAAGAUGACGCAGGGAAGAACAGCGACAUUAGGCCCUAUAAAACAGCGGGAGUUUUUAAAAAACAUGGGCAUUGACCUCCGAUUGCAGGUGCUCUUGCAGAACGCACCUGACACAGCAACGCAGGAGCAGUUACGUCACAGCUAUGAUAUGCUGAUGAAUCCCGAGAAGAUGGGGGACUGUUUUCACUUUUUUGCCCUGCUGCCUCACCAUAGACUUGUACAUCCUGAAAAGAAAGAUAAGCCGGAAUCAAAGUCUCCCUUACUGCCUGUUGCUGGAUUUGGUGAACUCUUACUGAAGUAAUUUCAAAUACAAUAGCAAAA